CGGGGGCGUCCGGUUAGCUGCUCCUGAGUGUGGGGGCUGGGGGAUCCGCUGGGUUGAUGGAGCAGUUGUUCAAGCAGCUUUCUCCAGUGAAUUCCCUGCGAUGCUUCGGUCUCUGGUCUCAGGCACAGUGCUGCACAUGCUCCGGUGUUGAUGCAUUUGCUUGUUUGACCAGAUGUGAGUCCUCUCGUCCCUCUGCUCCACUGCAUUGCGGAGAGAGAGAGAGCCUUUGCAGAAUAGUGAGUCUCUUCACAUUGCUCUGCAGAGAAACGAUCACUUCACCAGUCCAGCGGUCACGAGGCCUUGUUGUUGUGCUGUGGUUCUGAGGCUUGCUCCCAUCGUCAGAUUUCAUUUUGUCCUGCAAACAUGUUUCAGUCCCAUGGAUGCAAUCUGAUGGAAUCAUUACAAAAACACGAAACAUAUGAUCAUCAUAUAUGUGCAUGCAUGAAAAUCCUCAUUUAACAUAAUCGUCAUUGAAAGUCUUGGCAGCUACUUCAUGGAUCUUCACAGAUUUCUAGUGAGGUGCUUUGCAUGCUGGGAUUUGAAGUUUGAAGUGGUGUGCAUCGUUUGACAAGUGAGUCCAUCCUCACCUGCAAACCUGCAUAUUCUAGAGAUGGGAGCGUUCAGCCGACAGAAGUUCUUCCAGGAACUGGCUCAUGGCUGCCUGCUGCCCACAGCUCAGCAGGGCCUGGAGCAGGUGUGGCAGCUGCUGGUGAUCUGCCUGCUGUGUCGGCUUCUCUGGAUGUUAGGCCUCCCCCCCUUCCUGAAGCACCUGGGCACAGUGGCCGGAGGCUUCUACGCUCUCUACCUGUUCUUUGAGCUUCACAUGAUCUGGGUGGUGCUUCUCAGCCUUCUCUGCUACCUCUUCCUCUUCCUGUGCCGCCACUCCACCAUGAGAGGCACCUUCCUCUCCAUCACCGUGCUCAUCUACCUGCUGUUGGGAGAACUGCACAUGAUGGACACCACCAACUGGCACAAGAUGAGAGGUUCACAGAUGGUGGUGGCCAUGAAAGCCAUCUCUCUGGCCUUCGACCUGGACAGGGGCGUUGUGUCCAGUGUCCCCUCACCCAUCGAGUUCAUGGGCUACAUCUACUUUGUGGGCACGGUCAUCUUUGGUCCCUGGAUCAGCUUCAACAGCUACAAAGAAGCUCUGGACGGACGUAAGCUGAGCUUUUCGUGGUUUUUCAAAGUGUCUGCGAGCUGGGUGAAGAGUCAGGUCUGCCUGGUUGUUUCCAACUGUGUGGCACCGUACCUCUUCCCUUAUUUCAUACCUGUUUACGGAAACAAGCUACUGCGAAGUAAAAAGAGGAGGAAGAUCAGAGGAACACUGGCAAAGUGGUUGCUGGCGUAUGAGAACACGAUGUCUUUCCACUUCAGCAAUUACUUUGUCGGGUACUUCAGCGAGACGACCGCCACUCUGGCUGGGGCGGGCUUCACCGAGGAGAAAGACAACCUCAAAUGGGACAUGACCGUGUCCAAGCCCCUGAGUAUAGAGUUCCCCCGGUCGAUGGUGGAGGUGGUGACGUCCUGGAAUCUGCCCAUGUCUCGCUUCCUGCACACCUAUGUUUUUACGAGUGCUCUCAAAUUUGGGACUUUCUCUGCCAUCAUGGUGACAUACACAGCCAGCGCUCUUCUGCAUGGUUUGAGUUUCCACCUGGGUGCAGUGCUGCUGUCCCUGGGGUUCAUCACGUACAUCGAACACGUGUUGCGGAAGAGGCUCGCAGCCAUUUUUAACGCCUGCGUGCUGUCGAAGAAGUGCCAGCCAAACUGCGCCCAUCGAAACAAAAAGGAGCUGUGGGUCUAUAUGAUCAACAUAGCAUUCAGCGCCUUGGCAGUACUCCACCUGACGUACCUGGGCUCUGUGUUCAACUCCAGCGUGGACUACAUGGAGGAGGAUGAGGACGAUAUCACCCAUCAUACCAUUCAGAAGUGGUCUGAGCUGAGCUGGACGAGCCACUGGGUCACGUUCGGAUGCUGGGUGCUGUACCGCCUGGCUCUCUAAUAACAGGAGAGCAGUGAACGGGUGGGGAAAGCAAUAAUGAGAGACAGAGUCAGGCUGGUUCUCCACUUCUGCACUGUGACUUUAUCCUGCAUCACACUGGAGAGAACGGAUUCAAACCUGCAGCGACGUUGGCUGGUUAAUCUCUGAGUUAAACCUGCCGGGGGACUAGUUUUGAUAUCCAGGAAACGUGAACCCCGCUCCUCUCCUCUCCUCCUUGUCCCCACAUCGUCCCUCCUUUUUUGUUGUUUUGUUUUAUCUGAGCUGCAGUUAUCGAGCCGUCGUGUUGUGACAGCAGUUACCAAUGUCUCACUGUGAGUCACGAUCAAUACCUAUCAGCAUGGAGGAGAUCUGCUGCUCCUUUCUGCGGACGCACGAUAGAGCCCGUUAUCUUUUCACCACGGGCCGCGGCUGAUGUCCCUCCAGGUGUGGUUUCCCUUCACCUCGAGGGUUUUACAAUCAUUAGUUUUAGGUUUGAAAGGUGAAUUUGACUGUGUUCUUAUAGUCAUCGACAAAUCCCAUUUAAAAAAAAUAAAACCCACAAUGAAACAGCACAUCCCUCAAUGUGGUCUGACUCCUCCAGAUUGUCUGCGUGUGGCCCAGAGCCCCAAGCCUGUUCACUCCACUUUGUGUUUUUCUAAAAGGGUAAAUCGUUUCCUUAACAGCUGGCCACUGUACUUUUCUAGCAAAACAUAACCCAACAGGAUUAAAAGAGAUUUCUAUGGAACCAUUUUCAGCUAAAGAUCGAUAUGUUUGUUGCUCUGGUGACUCUGGAGGGCUGCAGAAUUUGAGAAUGAACGAUUUGUGCUUUGAAAUGAAAGAAUCUGUCACCCAGUGUGACGGUGGCUCAUUGAUGUUUUACACAACAAUGGCAGAUUAAUAAUUCAUAUCAAACUGUGGCUGCAGAAACAACACAGUCCACAGAGUCAACUCAUUGUUGGAUUUGUCCUUUUUUUUUUCUUGGGAUUUGUUUGCCAUUAGAGAAAUAGAGAUUAUCACCACGUUUAUCCUUUAGCAGAGCUUGUCUCUUGAGCAUGUGUACGAGAAAGAUUUUACUUAUGAAUAAAAAUGUUUAAAAAAGCACAGGUUGUUGUUAUGAGGCAGCAAUUUUUUUUUUAUCACCAAUAAUAAUAAUAAUGACUUCCCCCUUUUUGUGAAUUUUAGAUAAAGAGAAGUCAUCAGUAAAUCUAUGAAUUCAUCUUUGUGGUGCGGUUUCCUAAUAGUGUUUGUAUAUUGUUUUGUGUUAUUUUUCCUUAGAGUUAAACUUAGUCUUAUUAGUCGUUGUGAACCAAACUCUUUCACUCUUCAGUAUUGAAAAUCAAAGGUUUAGAAUCAGGGUACUGCACAUGUGUCACCGUAGAGCAAACAUUGUUUAAACCUCCCUUCCAGCUUCAUAACACAAGAUUGAAUUAUACAUGAUAUUGAAUAUUUAUCCUCAGAGUGCAGAUUUUUAUGACACUGCUGCUUUUGCUGGUGCGUUUCUGUAACUGAUGAAGGAACCUUAGCGUCUGUAUCAGAUUGUGAUUCUGUCUCUUGUCUUUCUUUAAUUCAGAACAUCAAAGGAUUUGCUCCUUGACUGAGAUGUAGUGUUUUAGAUCAGAGCCUGGAUGUUCAGUCUCUGCAGACCGGAUUCCCCUCAAAGUCUUUUAAAUGCUAUUAUAACAUUUACUUUCAGAUUUAUUCUCCCUGUAAAUGUGAAGGCACUGAUACACCUGUGAUAUUUUUAUAAAAUUUUACAUGAAA